GAAGAAGAAGAGGAGGAGGAGGAGGAGGAGGUGCAGACGACCCUAGCCUCGGUUGGCACAGGUGCAUAAUGUCUCCCCGGCGAGGUAUUUCCAGUCUGUUCCUUGCGUCAGUGAGGGCGAGAGCAGCCCCUUCCAUUGGGGGGAUGUGUGCCACUCCAAAGAGGGAAUACUCAGAGGACUUCCUGCACAAGUGUUACCAAGACCACAAGAAGCUAUGGGAGAGUAAGAAACUCCCGGAAAAUGUCAACCCACGCUCAGUCUUCGGUAACAAUGAGCUCGACCUGCGCGAUAUCAAGGUCUACGGCUUUGACUAUGAUUACACCUUAGCCCAUUACAAAGUUGCCGUUGAAAACCUGAUCUACGACCUAGGCAAGAAUGUCCUCGUCUCCAAGUAUAGGUACCCCGAGGACAUCAAGAAUCUUCAGUACAACCGGGACUUAGCUGUACGUGGGCUUCACUAUGACAUCGAGAAAGGGCUGCUAAUGAAGAUGGACCAAUUUCAGCAGCUUCAGAUUGGCUCCAUAUACCGCGGGAUGACGUGUCUGAGCCAGGAGGAGGUGCUGAGUAUCUAUAAGAGUCGCUCGCUGCCUCUGCAUUACGUGGAGGGUCAUCUCAGGGGGCUCUGUGAACUAAAUAAUUUUCAGACGGGUUACACUAUGGACACCAAGAUGGCCCACCUGGCUGACCUCUUCUCCCUGCCUGAGAUGUGUCUGCUGAGUCAGGUCGCGCAGUACUUCAUGGAUAACAACCUCGCCUACCACUCCGUCCCUCUCUUCAAUGACGUCAAGGCCGCCAUCAGCUCCAUCCACCCCGAGAUGCACCGGAUUGUGGCGCGGAACAUCGGCGACUACCUGAUCAAGGACCCGCACCUCAUCACCUUCUUUGAGCGGCUGAAGCAGAAUAAAAAGGAGCUCUUCAUCAUCACCAACAGCCCCUUCUCCUUUGUUAAUGUUGGCAUGACGUACCUUCUGGGCGAGGACUGGCGGAACUACUUCGAUGUGGUGAUCGCCAGCGCCAAGAAGCCGGCUUUCUUCACGGACUGCAUGCGGCCCUUCCGGCAGUUGAAUGAGGAGAUCCUGGUGCAGACGUGGGGCCCCGUCACCAGCCUGGAGAAGGGGAAAGUCUACCUGGAGGGCAACUUGAAGCAGCUGCAGGAGAUGAAGGGUUGGCACGGGCAGGAGCUUCUGUACUUCGGUGACCACCCGUACAGUGACCUGGCUGACGUGUCCCUCAACCACAGCUGGCGGACGGGAGCAAUCAUCUGGGAGCUAGACUAUGAGAUCCAGUGCCUCAAUUCGCUGGAGUACAAGAAGACGAGCGGGUGGCUGGUGGUGCUGCAGUCGCUGAUCGAGAGCUGCCAGGACUUCGAGGAUGAGACGUCGCGCCAGAUCGUCAAGGGAUGGGUGGAGGAGAGAGACCAGCUGAGACAGAAGACCAAGGCCAUGUUCAACGCACACUUUGGCAGCGUCUUCCGCACCCACAACAACCCCACGUACUUCUCACGGCGGCUGUUCCGUUUCGCCGACAUCUACACGUCACGCCUCUCCAACCUCAACGACUACUCUGUCAACCACACGUUCUAUCCCCGGCGAGGCGUUCUCCCGCACGAAUACAAGUCCCUCUUCGUCUGAGCGGCUUUACGGCCUCGCGUCAUGGAUCUCAACGCUCUCACACCAAGCUUAAGUAUUAUCCAAGGGGGUGGAAGCUCCCCUCGAAUUUUGUAGUGAGUGAGGGAGUGCUGUGUCUUGCGGAGCUCUCAUGAGGUGCUCCCCAGAUUUUAUUUUUAUAUGUGUUGUUGUGAAUGAGAUCAGGAGGGAGGGAGGGAUGGAUAGGAGGGGGUUGACAUGCCUGGUUAUCAUCCCCAUGUGCCAUAGUGGGUUAGUUUGAUGCUGCAAUAAGUCCUGUUUUGUGUGUUGUUGUAUAUGAGAUCAGGAGGGAGGGAAGGAAGGGUAAAAUGGGGGUUUACUUGCCUGGUUAUGGUCCCCUGUGCUACGUCCAUCCAUGUGCCAGAGUGGGUUAGUUUGACGCUGCAAUAAGUCCUGUAUUAUAUGGGUUGUUGUAUAUGAGAUCAGAAGGGAGGGAAGGAAGGGUAAGAUGGGGGUUAUAUAGCUCUUAAUCGUCCCCUUUGCUACGUCCAUCCAUGUUCCAGAGAGGGUUAGUUUGACGCUGCAAUAAGUUGUUUUAUAUGUGUUAUUGUAUAUGAGAUCUUGAAGAAGGGAAGGAUGUCUUAGAUGGGUUUUAUAGGCCUGAUUAUAAUCCAUCCUUUGGUGGCAGGGAGGUUGAUAUCGACUCUGCAAUAAGCUCUUGUUUUAGUCUGAGUUGACAUGUAUUGGGGCAGAGUCUAGCUUUAAACUGUGGUGUGUUAAGCCUCAUUCUCCUCUCCUCAUUAAGUGUAGCCAAGUGCCAGAGGAAGACUGAUUCUGACACUAUAAUAUGCUCUUGUGAUAAUCUUACCAUGAGUCAAUGCAAGGAAAAAUUGGUCAUGUGCUGUGGUAGAAAGUCAGAUUUUUAAUGUCAUUCUAUGCCCAUCAGCAUGACAAUAAUUCUCUCAUCAGUGUCUUAUGUAGAGUAAUGUAAAGCAAUAAUAGGGAACUGUGAGGACAAUUUUAAAGGUAUAUAAUUGGCUGUGUGGCAAGGCAAGUGUGGUAUGCAGGGGCAGGGGGUUGGUAUGUGUCGUGGUGCCUCUUAAUAUACCCCAGUGAUCGUCAAACGUCUGUCGUGCCCGGUGUCACAAAAAUCCAGGACUAUUUCUUGAAGGCGUCCACAAUCCUUCCUUGGUGGCUCAGUGGCAAGGGAAGUGUGGCAAGGAGGAGUAGAGGGUUGUGUCUUGCUGUCCCUUCUUACACCAGCGAUCAAACAUCUGUCAUCCCUGGUGUCACAAAAAGCCAGGGGUAUUUUUUAAAGGUAUCUGUAGUUCUUCCCUUGUGGCAGGUUAGGGCAGGGGGCUGUUAUGUGUCUUGCCAUCCCUUGUAACACCAGCGAUCAAACGUCUGUCAUCCCUGGUGUCACAAAAAGCCUUGGGUAUUGUUUAAACGUAUCUGCAGUUCUUCCCUUGUGGCAGGUUAGGGCAGGGGACUGUUAUAUGUGUCUCAGCAGCCCUUCUAACACUUCAAAAAUCACCAAGUGUCUCAGUAUUGAAAGCCAAGAAUAUUGUCUGAAAUCAUACUUACCUGUGAAUUGGGUUGUGAGCCAAGCACUUAUGUUAUCUUAAGUCUCCUAGAGCACAUGGUAAUGGAUUUGUGUUUGUUUUAUAAUGCAUUUGUUUGUGUUUUUAUGACUGUAUGUAACUGCGUAGUGUAUGUUUUGACGUGUUGCAUAAUUUAUUGAUAUUUACGAGUCGUAUCUACGUUGGUCUCGUUGGUAAUCGUUCAGAGGGUUUAUGAGGAGUGGCGUGGAUGCGAGUGCUUGUGUGUGAGUGGGUAUGUUGCACACUCAUUGGCCAUGUUUAACUGAAGUCUACAACAGUUUGGAGUCUAAGUUUAUUACGUAAAUCAAUACAAAUCAUUGAAUAUACGAGGCGUGUGAUGGUAGAGAGGCUUACACGCUUCAUAAUGUAAUAGUAAGUAAGUCCCUCUUUCACUACAAGCCUCAUAUGAAUGCUGAUACUUAGGAUAAAGUCUACAACAGCUAAUAUAGGAGUUGUUGAGCGUGUGUAGUUAUGCGGAUCUGACGACAGCGAACGUUUGGUGUCGCCCAAAAUAAUGACUUACCCAAUCGAAAUGUUAAACUCGAGACAGUAAGAUGUUUUAACUAGAGUCCCGUCCUGGUGCGGUGCUGUGUUCGAGUGUGUGUGUGUGUGUGUGUGUUUGUGUUUUAUUUAUUUAUUUUCACAGCAAGGGAGGCAGGUCUAGGGCAGAAAACGAAAAGAGCAACAAAAAAGCCUGCUAGACGCUGCUAUAUAUAUGUAUGUGUGUGUGUGUGUCAGGCAUUCGUUUAUACACCUAACGAUUUUGUACAGAGGCGUAAAGGCAGGCAGCUGAGUUAUUUUGAUAGCUGCUAGAUGUUACAUUAUUCUUUGCUCUCCUCAUAUUUUAAAACCCUCGCUCCCCUUAGUUGCUGGAGGAGUUUAGUGCGUUGCUUUAACCUUUUGUUGGUAGUUUGUAGCUUUUGGGUUUUGCCGCAUAGAGCCAGUUUUUUUUAUUUAUUUAGAAGGUUCAUGUUGAGUGAUAGAGGCUUUAGGGUUCAUCUCAGCAUCCAGUAGUGUUCUGAUGCCAUGCUGUUGAUGCUGUGUAAAACUAUCUCCUGGUCAGUCAAUAGCUCAGGAUUCUACAGUAGUGAGAUCAGCAUUAACAGCAGAAUCCAGUAGUGUUGUGAUGCCAUGCUGUUGAUGCUGUGUAAAACUAUCUCUUGGUCAGUCAGUAGCUCAGGAUUCUACAGUAGUGAGAUCAGCAUUCAAGAGCAGAAUCCAGUAAUGUUUUGAUGCCAUGCUGUUGAUGCCGAGUCUAAAGCUGCUUUUAUCUCCUGCUCGGUCCAUGAUGCAUAAGUUUUGUUUGGUACAGUCGAUCCUGCCAGUGAAUUUAUGUAGCUCAGGAUUCUACAGUAGUGAGAUCAGUAUUAAGAGGAGAAUCCAAUGUUGUUAUAUGCUGCUGAUGCUGAGUUUGCUGUGAGCCAUUGCCAGUCUACGAUUCAGAAAUGCUUAGUUAGUCUUCACUCAGCACUUUCAGCACUAACAUCAGCACUCUCGUCAGCUUGCAGAGUUUGAUAUUGCUGAGUCUACCAAGACAUAACCCAGUCCACGAUUCAUCCAUUGUGUUCAGUAAGGGUCUCCGCCUUCGAGGACUUUCUCAUAACCAGUGAAACGCAUUUUUAAGCAUGUCUUUGUAAAUAUACUUCUCUGUCUGUCUCUCAGUCGAUCCAUGAUUCAUAACUUAUCGUGUUCAGUGCCGUUGAUCUGCACAGAGUUUCUCCUUCGCCAGGGAAAUGCAUGUUAGGUUUUAUUCUGUUUAACUGUCACUGUACAUAUUUUAAUAAUUAUUUUCUUUUCUCACCAACAACACCAACAACAUUCAUUAUCUUAAGGAUGGAGUGAUUUAUAUUAUAUCUUGAGUUGGUGGAGUGACAGACGGAGGUGCUGGAGUCUGUGUGUGUGUGUGUGCGUGCCAAGAGGUAUUUUGUAGCAUUAUUGUGUAAGGUAACAUGACACUGAGGAUGGAGUGUUGCCAAGAGGUUGAUGUUGGAGAGGAAGAUCAGAGUAAUGUUUUAGGGUAUAGUGAAGGUAACAUGACAUUCAGGGCAGAGUCUUGCUAAGAAUUUGAUGACCCCCCAGUUUGGGAACCGCUGAGCUAGAUGGUGUUGAAGACUUGAAAUGAGAGGAAUUAGACAAAUAUACAGAACUAAAGAUGUCAUCCUAAUCUAUACAGAACUAAUUAUGUGAGAAGAAAAGUGUGAAAAGUGUUGUCAUAUCAAAUUUGGGCAGGUAAUUAUAUAGUUAUGAUGAAACACAUAAUGAGGGAAGGAGCAGGAAGGUUGUGUUACUGUUCCAAGGUGUAAUUAUGAAAGAACAAGUGAAGAAAGAAAAGACUUAAAUGAA